UAUUUCUCGUCUUUUUCUCCCUUCACAGUCUAAAUCUACGUCUGUCUUGCUUUUGAAAAGCAAAGAGUGCAGGCGAAGUGAAACAUGGCUUAGGUUAACUUCAUUGUUGAGUAAUAUGGCGGGAUUGAUAGAGAAGGGAACACAUUCGCGGAAUUUAUGUUCUUUCGCUCUAAAAUAUUACUUUAACAAUGUGUUUUGAGUUAUCGUAAUACAUUAUCGUUACUUAGUGUACUUUUCAGUCGACUCUUAAUCGCUGAUGUACACUCGCGGUUGCAAACUGUCGAGUAGCUCCUUGCUAUAACGUUGUGGACCAUCGACGAAACUUGGAAAUUCUAUCAACUUGAACAGUCGUUCGAUUAAUUCAGCAGUACGAUGGGAGAUAGUUAUUUUGUUUCUUGAUUGUUGGUGAACAAUAUGAGCGACAAUAUGGAAGAGGAAACAAAAAACAAAGAAAGUGAAAAGAUGGAAACUACAUGCAAGAUAUACGUGAAGCAACCUCAGGAGAUAAUGAAGCAGUCUUUAUUGAAAGACACCAAUGACGACGUACAACGUAUGAUUGAGGGUCUCAAGGGGAUGCCGGAUGAAGAGCUACAAGAGUUUCUCGACAACGAGGGAUUCAUGGAAGGAUUGGACGUCGUAGAUGCAUGGGAAGGUGACGAAGAGAGGAAUCGUGAGGUGGAACAAUCAGCAGAUCUUACAGUGAAGCAAGAGAAGCCAUCAUCUAGGGAACACCAUCAGCGUUCCACGCGCGAGCAUAAAGGAUCAAACAACCGAAGCGAGAAGCCGAAGAAAGAAGAGAAGAAGCGCGAUGACAAUCAACGUCGAGAUCCCGCCAAGAGCACCAAGGACAUCGAGCGCGACAAGAUCCGGACGAAGAGGGACACGGAAAGCAAGCUCCUGGCGGAGAAGGAGAAGGCGAUUAAGCACCUGUUGGACUCGGACAACGUGGUGCCGCCGGGUACAGAGACCGAAGCCAUUCAGAGCAUCGCCGAGAGACAGAAUCAGGAGCGAGCGCAGCAGCAGCAACAGCAACAGCAACAACGCGAUCAUAGGAGCCGCGAUCGACGUAGAAGCGUGGAUCGUUACGGCAGAACGAGUCCGUCGCGGCGCAAGAGUCCCGACAGAAUCAUCAGAAUGAGUCCCCACCGACGCAUACUGCCCAGUCCGGAACGUCGCAGGAGCCCAUUCGGUAGAAUAAGCGCAGAGAGGCACAGGAGCCCUCUGGGUUACAGCCCAGGUGGCAAGCGCAGGAACUCGCCGCGCUACAUUUCCGAUCGUAGGAGCCCCAGCGUGUCAAGCCCGGACCGACGAAGAAGUCCACGACGACUCAGCUGGGAGCGACGAUCCAGCGUGGAUCGGCGGUGGAGCACCGAGCGGCAUAGGAGACGCGACAUGCACGAACGCCGGAGAAGCCGAUCUCGCGAUCGAAGGAGCCGCAGUACGGAACAUCCGAGAAGAAGGUCGAGCCGUUCGCCGGCGAUGACCCGGCGAUACAGUCCACGUCGUCGCAGUCGCACGCGCAGCAGGUCGCCGGAGAAGCGAUCGCGGAAACGCUCGCCCUUCCUCAACGAACUGGCACGACAGCUGAGAGACGAGGCGUUGAAGCCGGCCGGCAGCAGCGCGAACAGCAACAGCGCCGGCGGUUACCCGCCGCCGACGCCGAUGCUCAACGUACCGGUGUACCAGCCGGAAGCACCGGAUGCGGCCAGGCAGGUCCUCGGUGCCUCGACAUACAUGCAUCAACCGGGUUCGCAGCCGCCGUUGCCACCGCCGCCGCCGCCACCACCGCCGCCACCGCCGUCAUCGUCGUCCGUGAUGGCUAUGCCGAGCGGGCCACCGGGCUUCAUAAACUUCGAAAUGCCAGUCGUACCUAUGAGCUUCGAGAUGCCGAUGCCGCCGCAGACACUGCCCCCGGCGGAUUAUUCCGCCAGCCCGGUCAUGUACAAUCAGCCGAGCGCCACUGCCAUGUCAGCGCCGCCGCCGCCACCCGGCGUCCGUGCUCCUAUGCACGCCUCGUCGCCGCAACCUGUGCCUGCCCCGGUGAUGGAUCACGGCCAGUUGCCGUACAAUCCGUCGCAUGUCCAGCAGCAGCAGCAGCCGCAGUCGCACCACCAGUUCGAAGCCAAAGUGCCGAUCGUCGCGCCGUCCCCCGUCGCGUCGUCACAGAGCUACAACGAGCAUAAAGCGUCGUACAACAACGUACCGUAUCAUCAGCUACACGAAGAACGACUGAAGACACCGGAACCACCGGUCAUCUCCAAGCCAAAACAAUUUGAAAAGACCAGCUUGUCCAGUCUAUUGGAAGCGUCUGUCUCGGGCAAAGAUCCAUCUAAUAUACCGGUGUUGUAUCCAGGAUUCAAUCCUGAAAUAAUGCGACACUGCGAACAAGCGAUGUUACAACUGCCGUACGAGGACCCGCGUUUAAAGAUGAAGGGUCGAUUUUUCUACAUGCGCGACGAGGAAGAUAUGAAGUACGAGUCCGAGGACCACGGCUCGAACUCGAUACUGCUGCAGAAGAGCAAAACCAAGAUAAUCUGGGAGGAGAACAGCACGGAGCAGCCGGUGCCGAUCGCGAAACCGACCACGCAGACGCACCAGAAGAUCUGUCAGACCGACGACGUGGAGACGGAGACGAAGGGCGUGCAGGCGACCGUCGUCACGGUCGACUGCGAGUCGCAGGUCUAUCCGCACGAUAUUCAGCAAGCGAGCAGAGAGGAGAGGCGACCGAUAAUGGAUCGUCUCGACUGGAGCGUACGGGAAACGUACGACUACACGACGUCCAAGUUCCGCGAGGUGGACGAUCUCAGGCUCCACCUGAGCAACUCCUCGCAGAGGCGCUCCUGGAACCGGCAGGCGUCUCCGUCCAGGAGAUCCGACACGGCCGAGCACGAGCAUCCUAUUGACCACGGGUCCAGGAACGUGAGAAUGGACUCCCCGUUCAAGAACAGAGAGAACUAUCCCGGUCACAGGGUGCGCGAUCAUUACGCUCACCCCCGAUUCUCGCCGGAAUACAGACGUUCCAUGGAGCGCGACGAUUACCACGAAAGAAGAAGCGAGCACAGUCGCGGUGAGAGCCCGAUGGAGCUGGAAGACUCCGACGAAAACGGUGACGACGGCGACUUAAUGGCCGGCCACGCGUUCCAAAGGGAACCCGAGUGGCACGGCAGAGGGAGGACAAGAGGUAAAGCUCACGUUUACAGAGGCAAACACUCGGGGGGAAGACCGUAUCGGAGUCGCGGUGGCUUCCGGGGCAAGUUUUGAGAGAGCGUCGUUUGUGCGUUGAUUAACAAAGUAAUCGCUCUCGGCGAUGGAUCCGCAUCGUCGUGGCAACUGUGUCGAACAGCCCCGGAGGGACAUUACGUGUGCGUCGUGCAUAAUAAUCAUCCUGUUUGUAAUACAUCGUUUGCUACAUACACAGGAAAUUCAACGAGUCGCGAGAUCGGAUAAGCAUGAAGUGACGAAGUACAAUUCCCACAAAUGCGAACACUUAUGACAUUUGUUUUUAACGGACAACUGAACGAAAAACUGGAAGUACAGUGUCACGGACAUCCUCGAGCGCGCGAGCGAUGUCGAGAGAGGCGAGACAGAGAGAAACAGAGAGAGAGAGAGGGAGAGAGAGAGAGAAAGAGAGAGAG